AUGACAACUAAAGUUCUUGUUGCAAUAGCUGACGGGGUCGAGGAGAUUGAAUUUGUUACACCUGUUGAUAUUAUGAGGAGAGCAGGUUUAGAUGUUUUAAUAGCGUCUGUUGGUGAUAAUUUGAAUGUGGUGGGCGCAAAUGGUAUUAAGCUGUGUGCUGAUGUGCUUUUAAAAGACUUAGAUAAAGGUUUUAAUGCAAUAGUUUGUCCAGGUGGUUUGGGAUGCUCAAAAGCUCUUGCAGAAUCCAACUUAUUUAAGGAACAUCUACAUCAUACAAAGAAUAGUGGAGGUAUAAUAGCGGCUAUUUGUGCCUCACCUGCUUUAGUUUUAGAACCACAUGGUCUAUUAGAUGAUGUUGAACAUGCAGUUUGUUACCCUUCUAUGAAAAAUCAAUUAUCUAAACCUCAUCCGGAACAACCACAUGUUGCAGUAGAUGCAAAUGUAAUAACUUCUCAAGCACCUGGAACUGCUAUUGAAUUUGGUCUACAUUUAGUGGCUGCACUUUGUGGUGAGGCAACUGCUAAACAAGUUUCUGAAGGGAUUAUAGCUAGUCACCAUUACAAAUCUUAA